AUGGAAUGGAAGGUGGCCUUCAAUAACAGGAAGGUUCGCGUGCAUACCGAAGAGGACCUCGUGGUGGCGCCGGGCGAGUUCUGGAAGGAGGAACUGUCCGCAAAGAUCCACGAGAUCGCGAAAACGGCGACCAAGCCCAGUAGACCUGAUUCAACAACAAUCGUCGUGUCCGUGAACGAGCGAUCCGAGUCAGACAUAACGAAGAGUUUCCCAGAGCUUGACAUCGAUUGGUCCGCUGUGGAACGACAGCUACAAGCGUGGAGCCACCUGCUUCGCAUCGGGAAGAAGCUGAAGGUUGACGCCUCGUUCAAGUUCGUGGAGAGCGGCAAGACGGCCCGUACCGCAGGACGUGGCGCCACUGCCGCGCAGCUUGCGGAGGCUGACGUUAGGCUCGAUGCGGAACAAGCGUCGCUGGGUGAGCCAUCGCCGUUUAGGCUUGUCUACCAAGUCUUCCGUUGCCCAGGACCGCCGUGUGACCGUGGACCGAACUGCUGGUUAGAUCCCAAUGGCCGCAAACACUACAAACUUAUGACGCAUCACCUGAAGAGCCUCGUGAAGUUUGUGCAGGAAGGUAACACAUUGCAGGGACAUGGCGACAUCCCGGACAAUAUUCGCGAACAGCUGUAUGCCGGAGAGCACCAGGCAGCCGAUCGUAAGAGGAAACGGAGAGGGUCUCCGUCUCCUGAAGGGCGACAUCCCAUGGUGAUCAACAACUACAUCCCAUCGCAUCAAGAUGCGAAGCAACAUCCGGAGCAACCCGUCUCUCAUGUGAAGAAUUCGUCUGCUUCGCAUUCUUUGUUGCUCAGUAUUCCUGGCCUGCGGGAUGAGGCAGUGGAGGAAUACUGUAAAUGGCAUUGCUCCAAAGUAAGGAGCAACGACCAGAAGAAGGCUUACGAGCUGGCCCAUGAUUUGACCUUGGCGAGGAGCCUCGACCUGGAGCUUGUACAUGAGGACAACGAUGCACAGUUUUACAUCGACAACGGUGUGUCGGAGGGCGUAGCACGUCGUUUCGUUCGAGAUGUCCGGGUUUUUCUGGAGGAGUGUAUGUAA